UUUUAAGUUUUUUUUUUAUAAAAAAAAAAUAAAUAAAUAAAUAAAAAUGGCAUCAAUACGACCCUGUAGGACCGCUACAUACUGCCAUUGUAAUUCAGCGAUACACAAUUUAUUAGUGCAAAGCAUAUCAACCGUUUAUCUGUGGUGGUUAUUCGGGACGUGCUUAAUUCUUUUAACGAACACCGGAGAGUUUUUAAUGGUUAGUGCGGCAUACAUGGAAGCAGACGAACUUAUCAACGAAUUAGACCGACCAGUUCCGCUGACUUCCGUUGAAGGCGUCCUAGGACGACAAGCAAUGCUUCCAUGUGAUAUAACACCAAUGGAACGAGACGAUGCCGUUUACAUGGUGCUUUGGUUUCGCGAAGGUGACGGAGAGCCCCUUUAUAACUUCGAUGUGAGAGGACGUCAAUAUGGACAGGCAAAACUUUGGUCCUCGCCAACAGCAUUCGGUACACGUGCAUACUUCAGCAGCACAUCGCAUCCGGCUCAACUUAAAAUUGACAAUAUUAAAUUGUCCGACGAGGGUGUAUACAGAUGUCGUGUGGAUUUUCGAAAUUCUCCAACACGUAAUCUUAAAAUCAAUUUAACAGUGAUUGUGCCACCAGACAGACCUGUCAUAUUUGACACAAAACGUCAUGAGCGAACAAAUAAUGUUGAGGCCUACAACGAAGGUAGUGACGUGAUCCUAGUUUGCGAAGUUGGCGGAGGACGCCCACGACCAAACGUAACAUGGUACUUGGACAAUACUGUGAUUGAUGAAUCCUUUGAACAUCGACCGGAUGGAAAGACUGUUAACCACUUGUCAUAUCCAAAUAUUGGCAGACAACAUUUGAAUGCGAGAUUGGUCUGUGUAGCUAGCAAUACAAAUCUAACGCCGCCCAACAACAAGGUCGUCAUCCUGGAUGUCAAUUUGAAACCAGUGGCUGUACAUAUUUUAACGAAAGAGAAAUUUGUGUCGGCUGAUCGAACAUACGAUGUUGAAUGCAGAAGUUCCGGAUCGAAGCCAGCAGCUAUUGUAACGUGGUGGAAGGGCAACAAACAAAUCAAACGAUUGGCCAAAAAUUUUUCUGAACCAGAUAAUCAGUCACUUUCAAUACUAACAUACACUCCAACACGAGAUGAUGAUGGAAAAUAUCUAACUUGUCGUGCCGAAAAUCAAUACAUUAUGGAUAGUGCCAUCGAGGAUAAAUGGCGACUGGUAGUUCAUUAUCAACCAGUUGCCAUAAUGAAAAUGGGAUCUUCAUUGAAUCCUGAUGAUAUUAAAGAAGGUGAUGAUGUUUAUUUUGAAUGCCAAAUUCAAUCAAACCCAAAACCCUACAAGAUGUCAUGGUUUCACAAUGGCAAUGAAUUGCAUCACAACAUCUCGGCGGGAAUAAUCCUCUCAGAUCAAUCACUGGUGCUACAAAGCGUGACACGAGCAUCAGCAGGUGAUUAUACAUGUAUGGCAGCCAAUCCAGAGGGUAAGGGCACAAGCAAUCCUGUAACGCUAAGGGUUCGAUAUGCACCAAUUUGUUCUAUGGAACAUGAAGAGCUAUUGGGUGCCUUGAAGCAUGAAACUUUAAUGUUAAAAUGCGAAGUGGAUUCAUCACCACCGGCAGAUUCAUAUCACUGGACAUUCAAUUCCUCAGGGGAACAAACCGAAUUGCCCGCAAGGCUGCAUUCUACAGAAACCGGAUACUCACGUCUGAAUUACACACCAACCACAGAUCUGGACUACGGUGCGAUAUCCUGUUGGGGAAGAAACUCAAUUGGAGUUCAGAAGACACCAUGCAUUUUUCAAAUUGUAGCUGCAGGACGACCGUUUCCGUUGCAGAAUUGCACGGUAACAAAUCAAUCAACAGACUCGUUGCAAGUAGACUGCAUUGAAGGUUUUGAUGGUGGAUUGCCACAAGGAUUCAUCAUGGAAUUAGUUGAGUUGUCUACAUUGCGGCUGGCAAGAAAUAUAAGUCUGACGCGAGCACCGGUUAGUUUUUUCGUUGAUGGCUUGGAAACAGGUACAUCAUAUCGUAUAAUACUAUUUGCUAUAAAUGCCAAAGGACGUUCGGAGCCAACAAUAAUUGAUGAUAUUACCUUUAAGGGCGUUGCAAAAUUUACAGGUCCAUCAAACGGCCUUACAGUGCCCCUUUCGCCAUUUCUCGCUGGCCUCACAUUAUUUGCAGCUCUACUAUUUGCCAUCGCAUGCAUAAUCCUAGCAGCUCUCUAUCGUAGAUACUCAAACAAAAACAGUGAAGCCAAUUUGAAAUCUGCCAAACAUACCCAGCUGUCGAUAAUGCCAUCCGAUUGUCAGCUAGAUCCACUUCAAGCGAACCAUCACCAUCACCAUCAUCAUCAUCAUAAUCAACAUCAACAACAGCAGCAGCAGCAGCAGCAGCACAAUCAUCAGCAUCAUUUGAGCGGUGCUGGCAGCCUUACAACAACAACAACAAUGGCAAAUACGCCAUUAGGUAGCACCACAACGAAUCCGCAUGAUGGCCAUCAUCAACAGAGUCCACAAAUGAUGGGUGACCCACCCGAAGGUGAUGACACAGAUCCAGAUGUUAUUCCAAAUCAAUAUGAAAAACGUCCAAUAAAAUCAUCAAUGGCCACAACGCCAUUAUUUCGAAGUCCCUCAGUGCGACUGAUACAAAGGGAUUACUGCAACGACACGGAUCGAGGGGGCACCGGAAGUGAUGGAGUAGUAUCUAGUUUAGGUUCAUUAGUUAGCACUGGUAAUGAAGUGCUUCAUUAUACAUUCAGACCUAGUAAACAAAUUAGUUAUGCAACAUUGACGACAAAUAACAAAGGCAUAAUAACGUGUAGUCCUCCAUUAGUUGGACCAGCAGCGGUAUUACAUAGCCAACAGCCCACCCCCACACCACAACCCAUGGAAGUUAGUUUACUUAGUCCGAAUAAUCAAUCGGUGACGUCAUCACUUAGUGAAUAUCGGUUUCGACCCGAAGUUGUAACAACAUCAAAUCGAAUACAGGAAAGUUGUAUAUAAAAAAAUCUAAAUCCAAAUCCAAAAAAAAACCCCAACCAUAUGAACGUAUGAUAUAUUCACAUGUAAAUCAAUAUAAUAAUUGUGAAUGUGUCAAUUCGUCAGUUAGCCAUAUCAUGAGGCGCAUAUCUAUGGACGACGAUGAAGAAGAAGUGGCUCGAAGCCAUUGUAUCAAAGACUUUAAAAGAAAAAUUUAAACUGUUUUCUCUAGAAUAAUAAAUUAUUUAUUUUCAUUUUUUUUUUCCAAAAACUAUCAAUGUAUUUUUAAUUUUUCUUUUUCCUAAAAAAAAAUUAAAUUAAAUUUAUAAGUGUUCGUAUUUAAGAAAACAAAAUUUAUAAAAAAAAAAAAAAAAAUAAUUAAUUUAAUUACAAAAUUGUAAAUAAAAUUUGAAUGCUUCUAUUGUUUAAAUAAAAAAAAAUUCUAGCCAAUUAGAAAAUUGUAUCUAUGUGUGCAUACUAAAUUUUUUCUAUAAACCAAUAUUAUUUUAUUUUUUAAGAACAAAAUUGUAAUUAAUAAAAUAUUUAAAUAAAAAAAAUUACUUUAGUUAAUGAAACGGGAUAUAAAAAGAAAUAUUUAUAUUAUCAUUAGUUUAGUAAAAAAAUAAAGCAACAACAAACAUGUGUACAUAUCGAAAAUAGUAAACGUGAAAUUCUUCCUUUUUGUAAAAAAAUAAAAAAACAAAAACAACAACCAAGCUAGUUUAGUAAAUGAACAUAUUAUAUAGUAUUUAAUUUAUAGCUGAAAUUAAGUAAUAAACUCAUUUUUAGUUAUAAAAAAAAAACAAAACGAGUAUAGAAAUAUCCUUGAAAAAAUACAAUAAUAGUGCUAAAGAAAUGUGUAAUUAUUUCUAUGGAAUAAAAUAUAAAGUAUUAUAAUACGGUCUGAAUCUGGUCUUUUCUUUUUUUUUGUUUAUAGAAAUUUUAAUUUUUAAAUUUUAUUUUUAAUCAUAGAUUAAUAUUAUGUAUUUUAUUAUUAUUGUGUAUGAGUAUGAAUGUUAUGGAAAUUACAAUAAUAAUAGUUAAAACUUUUAUUUUGAAUACUAGAUUUGAUUGUUUGUUUGUUUUGAGAAUGAACGACUU